GGCUCCCUAGGUGCUCGCGCUUUUCUCUCCUUCUCCAAGAUGGCGGCCGUCGGCGGCGCUGAGGCGGGAUCCGAGCGAGCCGAGUGAAGACCUGGUCCUGUAGACGGGAAGGAGCCUGGACACAGUGACACAACACAUUCUCAAAGGCCCUGCAGGACCACCAUGGCUUAUGAUGACUCCAUGAAGAAAGAAGAUUGCUUUGAUGGUGAUCACAGCUUUGAGGACAUAGGACUUGCAGCUGGCCGAAGCCAACGAGAAAAGAAGCGGUCUUACAAAGAUUUCUUAAGGGAAGAGGAAGAAGUUGCUGCGCAGGUCAGGAGUUCUUCCAAGAAGAAGUCAAAGGACAGUGAUUUGUUCUUCUUGGGGACGGACACACACAAGAAGAAGAGGAAACACUCCCCUGAUGAUUACUACUAUGGAGACAUUUCGACUUUGGAAUCAUCACAGAAGAAAAAGAAGAAAUCUAGCCCGCAGUCUCCUGACACAGCAAUGGACCUGUUGAAAGCUAUCACCUCCCCGCUGGCAGCAGGUGCCAAGUCCUCUAAGAAGGCAGGGGAGAAGUCCUCCAGUUCCUCAAGCCAUUCAGAGAGCAGAAAGGAGCACCACAAGAAGAAGGGCAGUGGCAGCAGUGGGGAGCACUCCCUGGAUGACAGCAAUGCCCACAAACCCAAAAAAAUGAAGCCGCUCUAUGUGAACACAGAGACACUGACUCUUCGUGAGCCCGAUGGCUUAAAGAUGAAACUUAUUCUGUCGCCAAAGGAGAAGGGAAGCAGCUCAGUGGAAGAGGAGGCUUUUCAGUACCCUGCCCAACAGGCUUCUCUGAAGAAGCCCUCUAAGAAACUAGCUCGGGACGAGCAAGGUGCUUUACUCCUAGGACACGAACUCCAGAGCCUCCUGAAAACGGCCCGGAAGAAGCACAAGUCAUCCUCAGACUCACACUCCUCUCCUGGCCCAGAAGGCUGUGGGUCAGAUGCAUCCCAGCUUCCAGAACCCCACAGUGCCAAUCUCGAGAUCACAGGGCUUGAGCCAGUUCUCGUCGAGUCGGAGUCGUCCUCAGCCGGGGAGCUGGAGGCCGGGGAGCUGGUGAUAGACGACUCUUACAGGGAGAUCAAGAAGAAGAAGAAGUCAAAAAAGAGCAAGAAGAAGAAGGACAAGGAGAGACACAAGGAGAAGCGGCACUCCCGGACCAAGAGGAGCUCCGCCAGAGAGCAUGGCGCUGCUCGGGAGCACGGACUGAUACCCUGCCCUGCCUCCAGUGUCCCCACCCUGCCACUUCCUACUCUACACACAGACGGACAUGGGGAGAAGAAAAAGAAAAGGGAAGAGAAGGACAGAGAGAGAGAGAGGGGAGAAAAGCCGAAAAAGAAGAACAUGUCUGCCUACCAGGUGUUCUGUAAGGAGUACAGGGUAACCAUUGUGGCCGACCAUCCAGGUAUAGAUUUUGGGGAACUUAGUAAAAAAUUGGCUGAAGUAUGGAAGCAGUUGCCAGAAAAAGACAAACUGAUCUGGAAGCAAAAGGCUCUGUACCUGCAGCACAAACAGAACAAAGCGGAAGCCACAACUGUGAAGAGAAAAGCAUCCAGUGCAGAAGGGUCCAUGAAAGUCAGAGCUUCCUCCAUGGGAAUACUGUCACCCCAAAAGAAGUCCCCACCCACCACAAUGCUUUUGCCAGCCUCACCAGCCAAAGCCCCUGAAACAGAGCCCAUUGAUGUCGCUGCUCAUCUCCAGUUGUUGGGAGAGUCCCUCAGCCUCAUUGGACACCGCCUGCAGGAGACAGAGGGCAUGGUAGCAGUGUCCGGAAGCUUGUCAGUGCUCCUAGAUUCCAUUCUCUGUGCUCUUGGCCCUUUGGCAUGCCUGACCACACAACUACCUGAACUGAAUGGCUGUCCUAAACAGGUCUUGGCAAACACGCUGGACAACAUUGCAUACAUCAUGCCUGGACUGUGACCUGCAAGAAGCGUGGGACAGAAGACUUGUCUACCCCUUCGAUAGUUUAUGUAUAUAUGACUGUUGCAGAUCCUCCACUGACCUCUGGGUGUAGGUUUUAAAUUUUUAUAUCUAUAUAUACGAAUAUAAUGUACAGUAUAUACAUAGGAUUAUAACUACUUUGCUUUUAAUAAUUUUAUGAAAUGGCAAAGGUUUAGCUAAAAGGAAACUUUAGCAUGAAUGUGGGCUUGGAUUUAUUAUUAUUUUUUUUUUUUGUCAAAAAAAAAAUCUGCCUUAAAAAUCAGUGUAAUUUGGGGACUAGGGGCUUAUUCUGGGUGCCAUGUGUAUCUCCUUAUAGACUGCUAAAAUGGUGAUUUUGUUUUUUUCCCCAAGCUUGGGUUUACCUCCAGACCCAUCACUGACCAUUUGCCUUACCUGUCUUAUAAUCAGAAAUCUAGUAAAGAUCAUGGGAGGAAGCCAGCUGACUACAAACUUUUCAACACUGGAGUAGCCUGGAGGGAGGCGGAGCUUAGGUGGACUGAGUAGGGGACUCAUUCCAAUUCCUACUAAAGAGGUGUCUGUGUCUCCAGAUUUAUUGUAACCACGGUACCACAGAGUCAUCGGUACCAUCUAUAGCCUCAGUUGUGUGAUUCUUGACAGCAGAGAAAUAAAUACCUUGGAGAAACCAAAGCUGUCGGUGCCACCUGUUGAACCUGCUUGUCUGGCCAGCAAGGCUUGGUGAAUACAAACCAAAGCUGCCAUCUUUCCCUCGCAGCAUUGCUUGCCCACCAAAUCCAGAGAGGUUCUGCGGCUUAGCUGCUUGGCAGUUCUUGGCUCGGCUCUGGCUCCCCUGGGGUACACUGUGCUCGGCAUCCCACACAGAGCUGGGUCACAAACAAGUCCUGGGUUCUCAGGAGGGUUAUCUAUGUGUGUGUGUGUGAGUGUAUAUUUUAAUUAUGUGUAUUUAACACUUUAGAAUUUCUUAGAUUUUUAAUUUAUCCUGUAAAUUUCUGUAUAUAUAAUUUAAUAACAAGCCUCCACCAGCAGGAGCAUGUGGAGCAUAGAGAUUUGUCAUUUCUUAAUGUCUGUCUAAAAGCUCCCAGCCGUCCAUAUGUUACCGUGUUGUGACUCAGAAAGAAACUUCAUGGACCUCAAUAAUGUUAGGAAAGUGAAAUAGAAAGGAAUGUCACCAUUCCUAACUGCCCUUAUUCCCAAAGAACCAGACCUGCUUCCCCCUUAGAGAGAAGAUGGCUGACAGGACUCCAGGGUUGCUUGGGAACUUGGUGAGAGAUUCCCUUCCCUGCCAAACCCAAGCUGAGUUAAUAACCAUGCCUUCUUCCUCCGGCCUGGAUAGAACAGGGCGGCAUCACAGGAAACCUUUGGGGACCAUGGAGCCAGCUGGCGUCCUAGGUGACCCUUCCUGUGGCCCGACUGCCGUCACAGGAGUUCCGGAAACCGUGUCCCGAUGUCAGCUCAGAGCAGUUUUGAGAUUUAAUCUGAGAAGUGGGGAAAGGAACAGGAAUAUGUGGGAACUGAAAUCAAGCAGAGCAGAAAUUUAAACAUAUCAGAACCUCAUUUGAACCUGCAGAAGUUUCCUGUGAGAAACAGGGUAUCAAGGAGAGGCCAGGGAAGACGUGCAUCGUACAGGAAGCAGCCAGUCCUCCGUUGCCCGUGCUCCAGACAGUAGUGAACUCCUAAGGAGAACUGGCUUUCUCGGGUUUGUUUUCCUCUGAAGCCUAGCCCUGUUGUAUUUGUAUUAAAGAUUUGUACACAUUUGUAUAAUAAUCUGUACCUUGUCAUAUUUGGUACUAUUAGAGGAAAAACUUUGGAUUCAGGCCUUCUUGCUGUUUUUAUAUCAUUGUUUUAUUUUGUUUUUUAAAUAAAUCCUAGUGGUUUGAUCCAAAUCCUAUUACAGUUGUAUAAAGAAACAAAAUUUUGUACUUACAUUAAAGAUCUCAUUUUUAAUAUUUAUA